AUGGGGAAGGGGCCACUUCAGAAUCAGCAGGCUUUCCUCCAGACGGCGAUGCCUGCCGCCCCAGCGGCUUGCCCUGCGUCUACCUCUCCUUCUCGGCAAGGGGGCAGCGGCGGUGGCGGGCGAGGUGGAGGUGGAGGGUCCACCGCGACCCAGAUGGUCAACCAAAACUUCGAGCUCAAACGCCGGCAGCAGGAGCUGGAGAGCAUGGUUCAGAGCUCCGAGGCAGCGACUAGCCAGCUGCAGGAACGGAAUAGCCAGCUGCAGGAGCAGAACCGUCAGCUGCGGGAACAGAACACCAGGGCGCGAGCCGAGCUGGAGGAGUCAAACGCACGGGCAGACAGAGCUAGCGCGGAGGCAGAAGGAUUGCGUGGCGAGGCAAAAUCCAAGAGCACGGAGAUAGCGGGCCUGCGUCGCGACGCCAAGAUGGCGAGCACGGAGACGGCGAGCUUACGGCACGAUGCCAAGACUGCCAGCGCGGAGAUCGCGAGCCUGAAGCGCAAGGCCGAGACCGCGAAGGCGGAGUCAGCGAGCUUGCGGCGUGAGGCGACGACCGCAGUCGAAGAGGCCGCUAGCGCCCUCGCGCAGACCCGCGCCGAGGCCGAGGCGGCCACGGCGAGAGCCGAAGCGGCCGAGAAGCUCGGCGUGCAGCAGAGGGAGGCCGUCGCCCAAGCCGAAGAUGCCGCUCGCAAGGCAACCAAAGCCCUCAAGGCAGAGGCCGCCAAGGCUGCCAAGGCUGCUGCGGCCGCCAAGAGCGAAAACUCACUCCGCCGGCGGUCGGACGUGCUGUCCCUUGCGGCGAGCCUAGAGGCCCUCGCUGCAGGGGGCUCUGCCGCUCGGACGACGGACACCUCUUCCCAGCCGACCACGGGAAAGAAGAGGGGCCGGGGAAGCGCAACACCGGGAAUCGGACCCCGAACAACCGCCGUGGAGCCAACGGACGAGGCUACGGCGCCGGCUGGAGCACAAUGCCGCCGCGGAGGCGGCACGACCGGCGGCGUCGGAGGCUAUGUGGAGCUGCCGGAGCUGACUAAAGGGUUCUGCGGGUUCCUGGCGGCCUACACGGCGCAAGGCCUGCCUCUGGACGCGCUGGUCGGGCUCAUACAGACCACCCCUUCCGCGGGCGGGCGAGGAGGGGUGGAUAACAGCGACGGAGUCGAGAGGGGCGAUAUGCCGCCGCCCCCGCGCGUUACGGCCACCGAGAGGGCGAAGAAAAAAUCGCGAGAGGCAACGGCUGUGAAGCUGGGAAAACCCACCGCCUUGGUCUUGCCUCCCCCUGCUGCCGCGACCGCCACCCCUGCUCCUGCCCCCGAUGGGGAUUCACUAUCCGCCGCCCCUGCCGAUGCUGCAGCCGCUAUGACGACCCCUCCCGAGUCGGUGGUGCCUACCGCACGACCUACCACCACCCGCAGAGAGAUGCUUAACGCUCGGCGUGCGGAGAAGGAGAGGGAAGCCAGGGAGAAGGAACGCAUCCAGGAAGAGAAGGAGAGAGAGAGGGCGGAGCGCCAACGCGAGGCUAGGAAGAAGCGCAAGCAGGAGGCCGCUCUUCAGAAGGCCGCCGAAGCCGCUGCCCGUCAGCAGGCCGACGAGGCAGAACUCCCGAACGCAGCGUCGGUACAUGCAGUGGCGGCAGCGGCGGCGACGACAGACCUUGACGAGGUGGGGGGAGCUGUCGUCGAAGAGGUACCCAUGCCCGCGGGAGACAUUGACGACGGAUUUUUCUGCGCCGAUGUAGGCGGUGUGGGCGGCAGCAACUCGGUCGGGCUUAUCGUAGGCGGUGGCGGCGGCAGUGGCGGCGGCGACGGGUAUGGCAUGGUCGGGGCUUGGUCGCACCAGGCGGACGGCUCGAUCGCGGCGGUUGGAAGCGGCAGCGGCGCGGCGUUGGACUCCGGUCCCGGCGAGAAAAAAAAGAGGGGCAAGGGCAGGUCGCGCAAGCCUGAAGCCGUCGUGGAGCCGUUGAACAUGGGGGCACGGAGCGUCGAGGGCGGGGAGAGUGGCGACGAGGGGAGUGGCAAGGAAUCGAAGAAGAAAAAGAGGAGGCGAUCGAUGAGGCUGGUGAAGGCCCCGGUCAAAUUCGGUGACGAAGAACCCGGAGCCGGCGGUCCCCUGAGCCCGGAGCCAAAGCUAGACCAGAGCAAGGGCCUAGCACCAAAGCUGGAACCAACACUUGCGGGCACCGCUGCGAGCGGGCAAGGCUCGGAAAGUUCCGGCCGGGAUUCAUGUUCCGUCGACAACGCUUCCGUUUCUCAUGUCCCUUUCUCGGAGGGUGGUACCGCGGCUGCUGCGAAAGUGGCAACCUCCGCGGCUAUCAUUCCGGCGGCUGCUUCUCAGGCCACGAGCGAUUUCUUGGUCGCCGCCGCCGCCGCCGCCGCUGAAGGGGCUGCCACCACGUCGCCGACGGAUAGCAUCUCCGCCACCGCCACGGCGGCUAAAAUGGCCGUAGACGACUUGUUCGACACCGCCGUUCUGCAGCUCUCGGCAGCUACGCCGCCGUCGCAACAGGCAGCGGCGACGAAGACGGCCGUAAGCGGCGGCGGCAGGGAGAAGGCCAGAGGGGGCUGCGCAGGGGAAGGGGUACCAACAGGGGGGGAACGAGCUUCCAAGGCGAAACCGAAUGCUAGGGAGGCAGAGGUAGCGGUGACUGAGGCGGUGGUGGCGGAGCGUUUGCUGCCGUAUGGGGCUGAGGUAACGGACGGUGUUACCGCGAAAGACAUCUUUGAGGCGGCCUCCUCGAGGUCUUGGCUCGGUGACGGGGGCGGGGCGGACGGGGGCCCGCGGGGUGCGCUGACGGGAGUGCUAGCAACGGCGCGCGUCUUGAUGCAGAAGGCGUCGGGGCCGGGGAGAGCAUCUUCGUUGCAAUCGGCGGUGCCGCCCGAAGCGAUGCGGCAGUUCGAAUCCUUCCUGACGGCGAUAGUAGCGACGGAGGCGUGUGCCAUGAAGCACGAGCUUCGGGCAGGAACGGAAGCGGGGGAAACGGUGCCGCCCUCAGCGGGGGCGGGGGUGGCGGCGGCGGCGGCGGCGGCGGCGGCGAAGGCAGCCGGGGGAAAGAAGAAGAAGGGGGUGCGCUUCUGCGCUUUCGAUCUGUCGACCGUCGACAUGCCCACGGACGCCAUCGAGGAUUCCGACGCGGCAGCCAAGGAAGUCGCGCAGUGUCUGGCACGCGUGGUCGCCUCGUCAAAGCUCCUCCAGGAGGGCAUGCCGAAGCGCGCGAGCGGCGCCGGUGGGGCCGGGAAAGCGGCAGCGGUUGCGGACGGCGGGAUCGGCGGCGGGCUAGCGUCUGUCGUGAAGGCGUUCAUGCGCGGGCUAAAAACGGUCGCGGGCGUCGCCGAGCCUGACUCGUGCCCCCUGGUCGCCAGCGCAAGAGGCGCGUGUCGCGAGCUCGGGACCGAGAUCUCGACGGAGGUUGUCAAGCGGGCUGCGGCGCUGCUGCUAGAGUCGUUCGAGGCCCUGGAGGGAGGAGCCGAGGUCGCCGCUACCAGGUGUCCGCUCAGGCAGAGGCUGGCCAUCAUGCUGUCGGCCCUCAUCCGGUUCAACCUGAGGACCCUGCUAAACCCCCCGCCUCACAAGUCCCUCUCGAGCCUCCACAUCGCUGACAGCACCGAUAAGCCCCGCAAGGUGCACGAGGUGAUUCUGCUGGUGUCGGAGGAGAGCAAGCCCGCCAGCAAGAAGGAUGCCUUCGACCCCACGAGGGACGGAGCCGCGUCCGCCGUCCUGUCGAGAGCCCUCCGACGGCUGUACGAGUUUUCUGACGCGGUGGAGGUGAUGUCUAGAGCGGAGGCAUUCGUGGCCGACAUGAAGGGCAAGAACCGCGAUCUCUACGGCGACGAGGAGAAGGCUUCUCGGGCACGGCUGCAUUCGCAAAGCACCGUGGACAUCGUUGCAGCUAUACGUGCGAGGAACUUCGUGCUGGAGCUGCUUGAGUUUCCGGGGGUGGAGCUGGCCGUGUCGCAAGCGCGGGGAUGGGGCGAGUUGGAGAGGCUGUCGACGGAGCUGCGGAAGGCGGAUUGA